ACGAGUUGUACGAUCGUUGGUCUAAGGUUUUCAAUGCGGAAAACGAAUUUUCUGAGUUCAUUGGGUUUGCUCCUCGCUGUAUUUUGCGUGCUGGCUGGUGAUGGCGGGUUUUUGUUUACAUUUUCUUUAUAAACAAAGCAGAAGUGCACGUUCGACUCUAGUUAAACAUUUUCGCUAAUUCUAAUUCGCUUUUGAAUUUUUAGCAGCUUUGACGCUAGAAAUUGGUAAAAUCAUAAUAUUUCACUUUAAAUUAAAAAAAAAUCUAAAUUCAAAGUGGAAAAGUGUUGGGAAAUGAUACGCGAACCGAUUGUUUACAUUCGGACGGUUGGUGAUUUCUUUGAUAUAAGAUGUUCGAUAUGAUAGUGCAAAUCACGGGAGAAUGCCGUAUGGAGUUUUGAUUUGGGCAUGAAACAUAUUUUUGAGAGUCCUCAAGUCGUGAGCAAUCAUAACUGCCGAUAGUGUCUGAUCAGUUGGUUCAGUGAUAACGUUUAUUUCGGCAACAAAAUGUGGAUUAAUCUGAAUGUUAGUUUGGUGAAUAUCAUCUGUUUGGGUACGAUCUUGGCGAUCAGCACGAGGACCGUUGAGAGCCGCGCUUUCGGCUCGAUAAACGUUACGACGCCGCGGCAAAACCUCUCCAUCGAAAGCAACACCAUCCAGCGACGAAUAGCGGAGGCAAGUCCAGACACGAAUCGAUCAUUGAAGCGAGUAUUCCUAUCGAAUCGAACAGUGACGUGCAACGAUGGGUCGCAGGCAGGCUUUUACCUGCGGAAAUCGGCUGCAUCAAAGAAGUGGGUGGUGUUUUUGGAAGGCGGCUGGCAUUGCUACGAUAUAAAGUCAUGCAGAGCACGGUGGCUGCGAUUGAGGCAUUUGAUGACUUCCUCUCAAUGGCCGGAGACAAGAGAUGUGAGCGGUCUCCUAUCUCCUCUGCCUGAAGACAAUCCCUAUUGGCAUACAGCUAACCACGUUCUUGUACCUUACUGCAGUAGUGAUUCAUGGUCUGGAACUAAAUCACAAUCAGGAACAAGAGAUAACUGGCGCUUCAUGGGUUCAUUAAUCAUACGUCAGGUCAUUGCCGAUCUGAUACCUUUGGGACUGGGCCGGGGAUCCGGCUCUGAGUUACUUCUUGCCGGAUCGUCAGCAGGUGGCCUUGGUGUCAUGCUAAAUUUAGAUAAGAUCAAAUCCUUCCUUCAUAACGAAAAGAAACUGAAAGUUACCGUAAGAGGUGUUAGUGAUUCCGGAUGGUUUCUGGAUCGAGAACCGUACACUCCAGGGGCAGUUGCUGCUUCAGAAGCUGUUCGCCAGGGAUGGAAAAUGUGGGAAGGGUCACUCCCCGAAGCAUGUACGAAACACCAUAGCCUGGAACCUUGGAGAUGUUACUUUGGACAUAGACUAUAUCCAACCCUGAAAUCUCCACUCUUUGUGUUUCAAUGGCUUUUCGACGAAGCACAGAUGAGGGCAGACAGUGUUGGAGCGCCCGUAACGCCACAGCAGUGGAAUUACAUUCACGACAUGGGUGGCGCCUUACGAGCAUCGCUGGAUAACGUGACGGCUGUGUUUGCUCCAUCUUGUAUUGGACACUCGGUCCUAACGAAGCGAGAUUGGUUAAAUAUAAAAAUCGAUGAAAUAUCCUUGUCAGAGGCCCUGAAAUGUUGGGAGCAAUCAACAAGUAAAAAACGACAUAAUUCAAAGCGUGGUAAUGGAUGCAAGAAAAAUAGAAAAAAUUGUCGGAAGCAGAACAAAAAUGGUAACAAUUUAGACAAGAAAAUGUCCGGCCAAAAGGAACCAAAACGUCGUCAUAAUAAACGGAAUCACAAGCGAUCACGAUCGCCAACGAGCUUGAAUGAAGACAACUACGCUAUUUCUGACAAUAGAACGCAUACUCAGCGGCCUAGACAUAAUAAAAAGCGGAAAAAUUCAGGAAAUGGAAAUAGAAAGAACGCCAACAGCGGUCAGAAGCGACACCAGCGGCGACAUAAUUCCUUAGAACGGCAGUCUGACCUGCAGAAAUGUUCGUUACGACUAUUGGAGCGAUGUAGUUGGCCUCAGUGCAAUCACUCGUGUCCAACACUGACGAAUCCUCUUACUGGAGAGGAGAUCCGAUUUCUAGAAUUAUUAGCGUCAUUUGGACUGGAUAUUGAGGCUGUGGCCACAGCCCUGGGGGUAGAUAUGAAGACAUUGAAUAAUAUGGACCGAGCAGAAUUGGUGAAUUUGCUUACGCAGCAAGUUAGCUAGGGAUAAGUUAUUUUAAGUACGAGGAGUAGCUUUAAAGUAAGAAACUGCAGAAUUCCAAGAAUUUCGAAUCAGAAAGUAAAAUGGAAAAUUUUGGAGGGGAUAGUGUUAUUAGAUUUACAGCAAGAGCAAUUGUUGCAGGUGCGUUAACUACGAGCAGAUUUGCAGAAUUUUAUCAAUUUCAACGUCCAAAGCAUCACUUCACCCGAUACUGAUGCUCUCAAUCUUCUUGCCUCGAAACUGUAGAAGUUAAUUUUUACUAUUAUGCAGUAGCAAUCCCCUGCAAUGUUGCACUUGCAACUUCAGUACAAACUUAUAGGAACUAAAAACCCAACUCGAUAUUUUCUGAAGAAGUAUUCUUUCGAUUCACGAAGAUAAGCAAACAUAGCUCUGUAAAAUAAUUGUAAAGAAUGUAAAUAGAUACCGCUUUCAAAUACAAUUCAGCUGAUAAUGAGAAUGAGUGAGAUUUAUUUAAUAUGUAUGCUUCGUCUAAAAAUUAAAAAAUUAACUUUACAAUCAAGGAUAUGAAAGUACUCCGCAAAACAGAUCUAUGUAAAUACAAGUAACCUAAGGCUUCAAAUCUAUUUGCGGCCAGUCAAUAAAAUGGAUAACAACAUCCCAGUUAAUUGUAGUGAAUAUUUCAAUUGUGAAAAUAUUUUAGAAAUUUUAUUUAUUUCCAAACAUAUCAAUCUAACUCUAUUUUUUAAAAAAUAAGAUAGACUCAUAGGAUCAGUAUCUUAAGUUAUUUAUGGUAUUUAAAAGAUCGCAGUAGCACUAUUGGCCGCUUGGUAAUGGUUCUACUGUUUUAAAGUUCUCAAAUAUUGUUACAUCCUUUGGUUGCAUUUAUCCUUAUUUGAUAAGAGCAAAUGCUGUCCAUAAAUACUCCUAAAUAACUCUGUCAUACAGUUGUGAACCCUCACGGUUGAUUUUUUUGAAUUCAUUACCACGGUAGAUAGUGAAAACUGCAGCGCUCUCUAUAAUCAUAUAUUCGAUAUCCUCACUACAACAAUAAAUUGCGAAAUAUGUAUAUAUUCGUAAACCACAGACAAAUGCAAACACAAGACUGUUCAUAUUAUAGAUAAAACAUAAUUUAUUUUUCUUAUAGUAAUUAUUUAUAAAGAAUAUAAAUGAAUAAUCACACAAACUAUGCAUAUUGAGUACAAUAAGUAAACCAAACCAGCUAAUGGUUGCCGAGAAAUGCGUAUGAACUAAUAGAAACCAAAUAACAGCUAUUUAUGAUUGAAAAUACUAAUCGCGGAAAGAAGAGAAUGGAAAACCAACUUACAUUUUGAGAACAAACGUUCACUGAAAAUGUUUGCGGGGGAGUCCGAAUUAACAUAGAAACAUUGUGUGACCCUGGAACUUAAAUAGUUUACAGCAACUAAAUAAACUAGAAACUACCUCAUCAUAGGGCGCCAAGCUUUUUAUGCCAACAAUGAUAAUUCUCGUAAAUUCAAUCAAUUAUUCAAUGCCAACACUACAUGCAUAUAACAGCUAGUUUUUAUUGAUAUUAUAUUGUACCUGUACCUGCUCACCUAAACACCACUCCGACCCACAACAAUGAACUGAUAAUUUUUAAAUUGCAAAUAUCUCAAAGAAACGGACAUAAAUCCAAGGAACAAAAACAAUAUUUUUUUACAAAAGGACAUUAAUAUGCAUUCCAUAGUUUAGAUAAUUUUGGGAAUUGAAACUGUUUCUAAAUUAUUAUUUUCUCGUGUAGAAGAAUGAGUAUGAACAAUUGCGAAAAGGAAUGAUUACAUGAAAUUUAUUUAUAAGUGUAAGAGUAAUUGACAUUAUGAGGAAACUCCUAAAAGUAAAGCAAUUAUUGUAAAUAUUCUGAUUUUUUACAUGUUUAAUCGUUGAUUCAUGAAAAUAAACAAAUAGUUAUUAUAUUGGAAAAGAUUUGUGUUUUAUGUCU